AUGCUCCAAAUUUCUUUGGAAAAAUCUCAGACAAGUACCGGAACAGCGAGAGUUGCAUGGAACAUUAUUUGUAGGCCUCGGAAGGAAGGAGGACUGAACAGCAAGAAACUUGAAGAGCUGAACAAAGUGUUCAGACUGAAAAUGGUUUGGAGGGUUUUCAAGUAUGCGAGUUCACUUUGGGUUGCUUGGCUAAAGAGGAAUGUGUUGAAAAGAGGGUCGUUUUGGGACACUGUGCCUACUGCUCGACAUUCGUGGAAUGUAAGGAAGCUAUUGAAUAUGAAAGACCUCGCCGGAAAGUUUAUCAGAUGCAGAAUUGGUAAUGGAAACAUGGCAUCUUUCUGGUUCGAUAAUUGGACUGACCUAGGACCUUUGCUUGAUUAUAUUGGUAGUGAUGGCCCUAGGCUGCUAAGGAUCCCUCUAAGUGGAAAGGUCAGUGAUGCUGUCUCGGGACAGAGCUGGUUGUUACCAGGUGCGCGAUCUCAAAGGAUCCAAGACCUUCACAUAAGACUUCUAACACUACCAACACCAAGUCAAGCUGCAGGUGAAGACAUAUAUGAGUGGAAAUCAGCGGAAAACGUUGCUGAAACAUGGCAGGAACUCGCAUCGAAGAUUUGGAGAAACCCGCCAGCAAACCUCUCAAUGUGUCUCUCUUGGAUGGAAGCAAUCCCACAGUCUGAUGGUCUCAAGCGAAACAUUCUUCUAAAAAUUCUCAUACAGCACGCUGUUUACGAGUCAGAACCACCCUCAUGUCGCUGCAACAGGUUCGAGAAAGUGAAAGCAACAUUUGCUUCAAAAGUGGUACUCACUUCUACUGUAUGCCAUGGCGUAGACAAAUAA